UAAUUAUCGUCUUCAGUUGCAACCACCGUGAGAGCAAUUGUUACCAAGUGGAGUUUGUACUGGUAGCUUGGACGAAUGGUAAAGAAACGUAUAAACGGUUUCUGAGGAAAGCAGUCCUACACAGCCACGAUAGUGGAGGCACAACGUGAUCACUCUCUGCACGACUAUUGUCCUUAUAAUAGCACUUUGCUUUGUACUCGACGUAACUAACGUGAGGGAAUAUGGCACAGGCCAGAGUGCUACUGCAUCGUCAGUCUACAAAUCCCGCACACUGUCUACUGGCACUGCUGUUAAUCGGAGGGUUGUGUGCUGUUUCAGGCAACAGCAUAUGCACUCCUGAAUCAGGUCAUUUGCAGUUGGCCCAGCGAAGCCCGUCAAAACCAAUUGUAUAUCCACCAAACCCUAAGAUCACGGAUCCCAACGGCACGGAUGUUGUGUGGACGUUCAACUUCAGCCACGAAUGCACGCUCCUCUUAGAGAAGAUAGAGUUUUCCUUCACUGGUGCUUGCAAAUUUCAGCUACAUAAUAGCGAGGUUGGACUGGAGGACAUAUCCGUACGCAUGGCAAGCGGGUGGGAAUUAACUACCAUCGAUGUGAAUGAACGCACCGCCAACAUGAUGGGCGAACCAAGGGACACAAAUGAUGGCAGUCGAUACUUUACUUUCACCGCCAAAAGGAGUGAGUCGGCUGGAUGUAACGUUAGCGGGGUCGUGUUGCGCACUGAAGAUGUUGACGAAUGCAAAUCCAUGGGACAAAGUGAUACACUUUGUCCAUCGAACAAGGAAUGUGUCAACAUGAUUGGGACGUACGGUUGCUGCAGUAGAGGCAGAGAUCGGGAAGACGCUGAUAACUUGCCUCUUGUCACGGAUAACCACCAUUACCGUCCGUGUGCUUCGCAGACCACUGCAUCCAUCACAGAAACAAGACCUACAUUCAGAGUUCGGACAAUCGGUGCGAAUGACACACAUGUCACUAGCGCCAUUGCGAUGCAAACGAUGGACACUAUUGCGUUCUGGCACCAGCAUACCAUAGCUGCCGUUGCCAUAUCUUGCUCUUCCGUUGCACUGUUCGUAAUUGUGCUUUUAGCUAUAUGGCAAAGGGGUUAUCUUAGCAACUCUGCCACGGGAUUUGUCUGAACCGAUUCGUCAGGAUGGCCAUACAAUGGAUACAUGUCCUAUGAGUAGAGGCAUUUCGUGCAUAUUUCUUCUCUUUCUCAGCCUGCGGACAGCACUGUUUCGUCCUUUGUGAACUCACCAGCGCAGCAGCUCUUUUUUUCUAUACAGUGUGUUGCUAUUUUUGCCGUCAUCAUUGUCGUUGAUGUAUUGUUGUUGUUGCUGCUGCUGUUUCAAAUCUUUAUUCUCACGAUAGCAAGUAGCCCAUAAGAGAAACAUGUAGCUGUUUUCAGGUUGUUGUGGCUGUUGUUUUUUUGAAUUUGAAUUCUUCAUUCUCAUGAUGGCACCAUCGCCAAUAAGUGUGGUUGUUGUUGUUGUCGCUGCUGCCAUUGCUAUUGUUGCUUUUUUUCAUCGUCAUGCAUAGUCAUGCAUAUACAGUGUAAUUCACCCAGCCACCGGACAUUUACUGCCUUUUCAUUGUCUUUUUUUAAAUAGUUCUGACAGAUUUUGAAACCACCAUUGGUCUCGCUUGCUGGUACCAUGCAAUACUUAUUAUAAUCUAA